GCGAGCCGACGUAAACAAAUGCCGAAAGCCGAAGAUGUAAGCUGGCAAAGAGACGCAAGAGAAAACACACACACCGCAAUGGGGGUGAAGAGGAGCUUUUGAGCUUUCCACCUGCCACCCACAGAGCCGACCGCCAAGCGCCAAGUGUCUUGAGAAAGUCUGCCAACGACACGGAACGAAUGGUCAAUUCAGUCAAAACGGAGCUCCCCAGACAACAGAAACGCGACGCGGCAACGGCACUCUGCGGGCAUUUGUGGAAAUCUAAAGAUACAAAAGUGAAGGAAGAAAAAAGUGAAAAAAAUAAAAUUAAUUUUUGUGUACACAUUGUAAGAAUCUACUAAUUAUUGAUAUGCGCCUAUUGAUGUAUUGAGUGGUGUUGGUGCGCUGGCGUGAGCGGGGUUACCGUUAAUUUUAUACGCGUCCCUGCGAUAGUAACGGAAUGUGGCUGUGGAAAAAUGCAAAUUCCCAGUGUAAUCAAGUGAAGAAAAGUGCUGCACCAAAGUGAGGGGGUGUGUGUGUGUGCCCCGGAGGGGAGAGUGUUUGUCGUGAAAGAAAAAUCAAAUGAAAUAAAAUAAAAUCUAUAUGCAUGUCAAAUUACACGCUGUACAGUGCAUUUAAUCCAUAAGUAAUUCAAUUAAAAGGAAAUUGCAUAAUUUUUCGUUUUUUGUUGGUGAAAAUGUUGCAGCCACUUUGAGGCCCAACGGCGACGACGACGACCAGAAGGCAUUAAGCGGUCCAACCAACUUGAAGUCAAUUCAUCAACCAACUAAUAGUCGCUCAAUUUCCAACCCAUAGCCAAAAAAUAAUGUAUCGUCAUCAUUGUGAGUGCACAACGAAUCAUCGAUAGCAUGACCCGUGACGGAGAGAUACCCGCCAUUUUCAACCCGAAACGGGUGCGUACACCAUCCGUUGUCGUAACCGGUGACUCUCCGAAUGGUCCGUAUGGUGGGUUUAGUAAUGCGCUCAACGCCAGCAAUCCACAAAUUGCCCACCAAGACUCCAUUUCAUCGAGUCAACAGGAUCCGAGUGAGGUCAUAACAAUACAUCCGGAUACGCGUGAUGCGUCGACGCCAAUUGGCACGCAUCCAGGUUUGCGACGUGGACUCGGUGCUGGUGGGGGUAGUUUCGUAAGUAGUUGUGGUGUAAGUGGUAUUGUUGGUGUGGGACCGGGUGGUGCUGGUGGCGGUGCAAAUGAACCGGAUACACCCACUUUGGAGGCGGGGCCAGAUGGCACCGAAGUGCGGUUUCGUCGGUUAAAAGCAUGCAAGGAGUCAUGUUGCUCCGAACUGGCGCGGAAGAUGUACUUUGGUGUUUGUGUCACCAUACUCGUCACCGCGUCGUGGGUCGGCGCAACGCAUUGUAUCAAAUUCCUCUACUUGAAUCGCAGCACAUAUGCUAGUAUUACCGCCGAUGACAUGGAUAGCACAUCAAAUCGUGCCAUCGAUUUGGACUUGGUCACAAAUAUGGAUGAUGACGAUGAUCCUCGUAAUCUUUUGGGCAUAAGUGACAACGCCUUGAGCGCCGAUGAUGUGGAGGAUGCCACCAAAUUUUUCCAUAUCGCACAGCCAGCUUUGCCAGAGUCGACGGUAUUUCGUGCACCCUUCUUCGCCGCUUGGUUCUUCACGAAUUUUUCAUUCUUCUUCUUUCCCAUCUACAUACUGGGGCGAGUGUCGUUGCGCAAAUGUGACAAACCGGGGGAGAUCUUGGGCGAUGUGUUGCGUGGUUUCCGCGAUCGUGGUUUCACCAUCGGUCGCUUCCUCAAUCGUUGUCUCUCCUUCUGCAUCCUUUGGCUGGUGACCACCUACUUGUACACCAUGUCACUGCGCGUACUCUUCGCCACCGAUGCCAUGGCGCUGUUCGCGACCAAUGUCGCCUGUGUUUACCUACUGUCAUGGGUCAUUCUACACGAACAAUUUGUCGGCGUGCGGAUUGUUGCGGUUAUUCUGUGCGACACGGGCAUUGCGCUGCUCGCCUACAUGGACGGCAUUACCGAGAGUCGCACGCUGAGCGGCGUUGUGCUGGCAACACUGGGCGCUGCCGGUUAUGCAGUAUUCAGGGUUAUGUUCCGCAAAGUGAUGGGCGAUCCACCGAUUGGUCAAAUUGCUUUUGCUUUCACCACUCUUGGGUUUCUGAACGCCUUGCUCUUGUGGCCCGUCUGUGUGGGUCUCUAUUUGGCGGGAUAUGAGAGCAUGCCGCCAGAUCGUAUGCCAUGGAUUAUUUUAUUAAUCGCCAGUAUUUUGCUAUUGGUUUUCCAUAUACUCAUGCAAUUCAGCGCGGCCGUCACUUAUAAUAUGUUUGUUACGCUGGGUUUAAUAACCGCAGUGCCAGUUUCAGGAGCUCUGGACGUUGUACUCUACGGUGCUACUUUCGCCGGCAUGAAAUUGGCUGGUGUCAUAUUAAUCGCUGUUGGCUUUUUCCUAGUAAUGUUCCCCGAAAACUGGCCAGACUACAUAACACGCUUGCUAAGAAAGAGUGGUCGUGCUAUACUGCGUUACCAAUGUUGUUGUGAAUUAGCCGAAAUUCAUUAUCCCCAUGCGAAAUAUCAUCUUGUUGGGUCACAACGCGAGAUGGGGUCGAGGUCCUCGCCACGGAUCGUUAGCCGGUCAGCAUCCCACCAUUAUCGAUUAUCGGACGGGAUACAUAAGGUCCCAUCUUCGGUCACCAUCUGGCCGUGUGAGAUGACUGAUAUGUCGCCUACUGGAUUUCUACUCAAUCAGCAAUCACAUCAACAACAACAACAACACCAAGCACACCAACAACAAUACGCCGGCUAUUCAACAUCAUCGGUUGCACACUCGAGCAGUCACAGUCACAGCAGCAGCUCAGCGACACGCGCACCACCGAUCGGCAGCGGUGGCGGCGGUGUUGGCGGUCGUCUAUUCCCCUACUUUGGUGGCGAUCACGAGCGUGAGCGUAAAAAAUCCGAAACGUCAUUCUUCAAUUUGGGCUUUCGACGCAAAUCGACUGUGGUCUACUAUGCUUCCACUGAUUGAGGGAUUUUGAAGCUUUUAAGUAGAGCUUUUUAGAGCACUUUGUUGGCUUGUGACUUGUGUCUCUUGACUUGUUGACAUUACAAUCAUAGAAAGUAAGGUUAGUUGGCGCUUGUGCAGUGUGUUGCUGAGCAAAUAAUGAAUUUAAUUAACGAAAAUGAGGUUUGAAUUUGUAAAAAAAAAAAACGAAAUACGAUUAUAAGAAUUUAUGCAAUUAACAGUAAAAAAGUAAAAAUAAACAAAAACAAAAAAUUACAAAAGCAAAUUAGUUAAUAAAUGUGUCUGUUGAAUUAUUAAAGUAAAUGCAUUCUUUUAGCGGAAAACAUUUAAUCAGCCAA